AUGGAUCCAAGCAAGCACGACUGUCAUCCGGCUGCGAUUUGCACGGAAGUUACCGGAGCUGAACGCUACAAGUGCUCAUGCCGGGAUGGAUAUAUAGAUGCGAACCCGUCUAAUCCAGGAAGAGAAUGUAAAGAGGAGGUGAAUGAAUGCCUGGAUAGUUCGUUAAACGAUUGUGAUCCAGUGGCUACGUGCCACGAUCAGCAAGGAGGAUACACUUGCGUAUGUCCAGUUGGAGCAAAGGAUGUUUCUCCAGACCCGUCCAACAAGCCUGGCCGUAAAUGCGCUGUUUUGAUCGAUGAGUGUCGCAAUCCACAUUUGAACAACUGUAGUCGUUUCGCAGACUGCUACGAUCGUGAAGAUGGCUACGAAUGCCGAUGUAAGGCUGAAUAUCACGAUAAUGACCCGUACAAUCCGGGUACAAACUGCUCAUUCGUUAUUAACGAAUGUGAAUCGGAUACACUGAAUGAUUGCGAUAAACAUGCGAAAUGCACGGAUACACAAGCUGGAUAUGAAUGUGAAUGCAUUGCUCCUUACCGCGAUGAGAUCCCCUCGAAACCUGGCCGAGUUUGCAGAUAUAAUGAAUGUGAAGAUGCGCAACUGAACGNCCAUACAAAGCAUUCAAAUGAUAUUUGCAUGCUGACUUUCUUCCUGAUCUCCUAUAGAAUUCCUUUUACCGCAUUCAGAAAUGCCUUAAGAAAUUCAAGUUUGAAUGAAACAAUUCUACGUGAUACUCUGAUCUACGUGAAAUAUAAUGGAGUGCUGAAUUUUCAAAGGACUUAUUGCCAUUUGGAUCGUGGUGAAGUGUGCAUUGAUGGAUCGUAUUGUGGAUGCAGACCGAAUCAGGGCCGUGAAAAUGAUACCGCUGAAUGUGUCGACGUUGAAAAGGUGCCAUUGGAAAUCCGUGUCACAGAGCGUGAUGGUGAUAAGCUGAUCUACAGCAGCGAUUACGGAAGUCCAAAUUCACCGAAUUAUGUGGAUAUCGUUGAUAAAUUCAAGAAAGGAUUAGGUGAACUGAUCAAAAAGACCACAUCCGGACCAUCGUUUGUGGCUGAUGAUGUAAAUUACAUCACUAAUCCUAAAAUUAAAAACAGCACAUGGGAUAAAGGAUUGCUGGUCAACGCAACCGCUGAUUUCAAGUCACCAGUCGACAAGUGUGAAUUCUGGAAAGAGCUCUCGGAACAAAUCAAAUCCUAUAAUAAUAAACUUGGAAGCAGCAAACUUACGGUUGCUUCGGAUAUAGAUCAGUUGGACCCAUGCAGAAAAGAAGAACAUAAGGGUAAAGUGUGCGGUACAACAUACUGCCAACCAGAACUUGGUGAGGUUUGUAUUGCUGGUAAGGUGUGCGGCUGUCCAAAUGGACAGAAGAGAACUGGUCUUGAUAAACCAUGUAAACAGGUAGAAUCAUGGAAUUUGCCAUUGUGGGUGGCUCGUGAGGGCAACACGACGUUGAAAUACACGAAUGAUUUGGCAAAUCCACUAGAUGAAAUGCAUAAAAAAUUAGUGAGCGGAUUCGAGAAGGGUAUUGCUGAGUCGUACGCAAAAACGCCACUCAAAGAUGGCUUCGUUGUUGCAGAAACGUGGAAUGAAGGUAUUCUGUACAAUUUCACGACGAGUUUCGUACGCGGUGCUGUUAGCGAACCGAAGAAAGUGUUCACCGACCUGGUCGAUUAUAUUGUAAAAAAGAACAACUAUGAGGUCGGUAGCAGUAAACAAUACAUAAGUCCAGUGCAGGCGAAUCCGUUCGAUAAAUGCUUCAAGAACGAUUGCCAUCCGAACGCAAUCUGCAGAAGUGACGGAAAGAAACAAACCUGUGAAUGUCCAGCGGAUUACCGUGAUUUGGAGCCGUCGAAUCCUGGUCAUCAUUGCUUGAGCAUAAUCGGAGUGAAUGAAUGCGAGAAAGAUGAGUGGAACGAUUGCGAUGUGAAUGCGCGUUGUAUUGAUGAGGAUCAUCUGUACAGGUGCGAGUGCAAUAAACCGUACGUGAACGCGGCUCCAAAAGACAAAUUGCCCGGUUCAGUGUGUCGUCUCGACUAUUGUUCAGAUGUUAACUUCUGUCCGGCGAACACAACUUGCAAGAAUUUGGAGGAUCAGGCUGUUUGUGGCUGCCUGCCUGGAUAUGUUGAUAUUCGUAAGAGUGAACGGCGUUUGGAAGCCGGUUUCGACGAGGAUACGUAUUGCUUGAAGGCGCUAGAUGUUGAUGAAUGCGCUUUAGGCUUGCACAAUUGUAGUGCUGCAGCGGUUUGCACAGAUCUACGUGUUGGUUACAAAUGCGCUUGUGCUGAAGGGUACACAGAUGGUAACCCAUCGCUACCAGGUCGAGUUUGUGCAGCACUACUCUGUGGCCUUUGUAAUGGCCACGGUGACUGCGUGCAUAAUCCACAGACCAACAAUAUAACGUGCUCAUGCGUUGAGGGCUAUACAGGAGAGUUUUGUGAGCUAGCACCGUCACAUGCAUCAGCCAUAUUGUUCAUCAUAUUGGCUCUACUCUUCCUCUUGCUAACGUUAUGUUGCUGUCUUUACUUCUGCCUGAAGACGAGAUGUUUUGGUGGUCGUGGAAUGAGCACAAGCAGUAUGAGCGGACGCGAAGAAAUUCUUGGAUCAGAUUACUACACCAUCCCACGAGCGAAACUCAAACAACGCUCUAUGGACGGAGCGGGUUUGGGCGAUGGCGUUGGCGCUGGUGGUUUUAGAGGUGAUGCUGAUGCGAUGGCUUUGUCUCGCCGUCAACCU